UCUGCCAAGUCCUCGUGCCAAAAACUUUUUACAAACAGUCGAAUGCGUCCAAGCCAUCCUAAGUCAAGAACUGAAUCUCGAGGAGUAAUACAUCAUAAAGUAUAUAUUAGGAGGGAUUCCCUUAUUCAUAGAGAUAGAGUUUUCCAUUUUGCAAUUCCAGGGCAAUACGAAAUUGUCUGUGGAAUUAACCCACUGUAAAGGUUCGGGUGGUGAGGAUGGACCGAGCCCCAAGCUCCAGCCCAAGUGGCACCAGUCAAACCUCACAACCUACCCAACAUGAACCCAUCAGCUUCGGCAUUGACCAGAUUCUCAGCGGCACCGAUCAAGAAUCACAGCAGAACUCGAGCAGGAAUAAUUCCGAGAGCAACAGCAGCAGCGCGAGCGGAGGCAGUUACCAUCUCGGCAGCCCAACGGGAGCGAGCGCAACGCCGUACACGACGCUAACAGGCACUUUUCACGGUAUCGCGGCUCCAUAUGAGGAGUCUAGUCCGUACGGAGUGAACUUGAACCUUGCACACGGAGGAGUGAUUAGGGUCCCGGCUCACAGGCCCCUGGCCGCGGCCGUGCCUCCACCCAUGGCCAGCGCGGUACCCGGACUUGGGAGCCUCAGUUUUCCGUGGAUGGAGAGCAGCCAGCGAUUCGCAAAAGACAGGUUUGCAGCAGCCCUGACGCCUUUCACUGUGGCUCGGCGUAUAGGUCACCCAUACCAGAACCGCACACCACCUAAGAGAAAGAAGCCUCGUACGUCUUUCUCCCGAGUACAGAUCUGUGAACUGGAGAAGCGCUUCCACAGACAAAAAUACCUGGCCAGCGCUGAACGAGCAGCUUUGGCCAAAACUCUGAAGAUGACAGACGCUCAGGUCAAAACCUGGUUUCAAAACCGCAGGACCAAAUGGAGGCGGCAGACGGCAGAGGAGAGGGAGGCAGAGCGACAGCAGGCCAACCGGCUGAUGAUUCAACUCCAGCAUGAUGUCUUCCAGAAGUCUUUGACUGAAUCAGUUCCAACAGACCCGCUCUGCAUCCACAACUCAUCACUGUUCGCCCUGCAGAACCUACAGCCUUGGGCGAGUGAAGAGAGCGGCAAGCUCGGGGGAGUGACUGCGCUCGUAUGAGUACCACAACUCAAGAAGCUAAGGACAUUCUCGUUCUUUUUUGAUGGACUGGGAUGUUGGUUGACCUUAUCUCCUUCCUAAAAGACUAUUUAAUUCCACAAAAAAGUGAGGAACUAAUACUGAACCAAUGAGCAAACCCAUAUAAAUAAAAAGUUCUGCAUCGUAUGAGCCUCUGCAGAAUAAACCAAGUCCAUUUUUUUUAGUGGCGUGUGUGU